CCCGCUUGUGGAAGCGCUUGAGCCUCAUCGUGGCUCUGCCCGGGGUUGGCGUUUGCAUGCUGAAUUGCUACUUGAAAGCACAGCACGAGCACGAGAGACCCGAGUUUAUUCCCUACGCUCACCUCCGGAUCAGGACCAAGCCGUUCCCCUGGGGUGACGGGAACAAAACUCUGUUCCACAACCCCCAUGUUAAUGCUCUCCCAACCGGUUAUGAAGAUGAAAAGUAA